GUUGUCUGGGGCUGUAAAACGUAAACGUUGUUUGUGUGUUAUUCCGUAUGGCAAAGAAAGAAAAACCCAAAAGAGAAUUAAAAUAAAAACAAAAACUGUUAAACGUUGUCAUUAUGAAAGGAAAAACAAAAUUUUUUAAAUUUUGUUGAUAGAUAAUCAAGGUUUGAAAUUUUAUUAAAUAAUUUUUACAAAAAUUCCACAAUUUCCAAAAGAAAUGUCCCCCCACAAUCGCAUUAAACAAAUAUUAAAUCUGGCAUCUCGACCUCUUACAAAUCCAACAACUAUUGCCGCAACAAAAACGUAUGUAUCCAUGCAUAUGGUAAACAUAUGUACGAACACAAUUUAUAAACUAAUAGUUCUAUCAUCGUUAUUCAUCGUAGACGACACGUUGUAGUCUCUUCUCAAAUAAAAAGUGGACGAUAUAAUUUUUAUAAACAAUUUCAAAUAAAUUACAAUUUAUCAAGUAAAAGAAAAACUUAUGUAUCGUAACAUUAUUUCUUAAUUUUAUUAAAUCUUAAUGGUUGAAUUAAUUACACCUGAACUAGUCGAGGUAUCACUAAUAACGGCUGAUUCCAAAAUGGAUUUUAAUUCCAUAGAAACGAAAACUGAAAAUUGGAACUCAUUGUCCGAGGAAGUCGAUAUAGGUGAAACUUUAUUAAACAUUUUGGACGAAGUGCGUUCUUUGAAAAAUGAAUUUGAAAAAAGCGACGAGGAAAGCAGACAACUAAUACAAAAUCUAAAAAGCGAGAUACAACAGCUAAAGUCUAAAGUAAGGACAGUAAGUACCAAUAUAGAGGCGGAACUGCAGCUUUUGCCUAGAUUGCCCAUGAAUACUCUAGAGGAUUUGAAGGAAUUUGAUGAUAAGCUGCCAUUAGACGAUGAUUUAAGAGCUGAAUUAAAAAUAUUUCUACAAAGAUGCGAUGGCAGAGAUUAUGCUGUAUUUCUAAGAGAUGGCUUGAGGGCAUUAGUUACAGAUGAGUUGGCGGUAAAUUUGACAUGGCGUGGAACACCAGAAAAACCCAGCGUUCAAACUUUUACUUGUUUUGUGAUUUUAAGAGAUAUCUGUCUUUCGAAAUUUCCCAAUGUAAAUCAUUUCGAUGUCAAUCGCAAAUGUCAACAACAUUUUCUACACGCUAAAGAUAGAGUUAUUAAAAAGAAAUCGUCGAUGGGAUCUAUAAAACGUCUCACAACAAUCACUUCUAGCAGCCAACAAAAUUUGCCACAUGCUGAAGAUAAAAUUACCAAAAAUAAAGAGGCUGUUGAAGAUUUAAAGUUUCCCACAACACCCACUUUUAGUAGCUAUAGCCUUACCGUUAGACCUAUGACACCUGAUCUUUUAGAACCUCUUCCCUCACCACCUUCACCAGCAGCCAAUUUACCUCGUCUACCCUUGAAAACCCUACAAAGUCUAGAAGAAUUUGAUGAUCAACUGCUGGAAAAUUCAAAAUUAAAAAAGAUCCUGAAACAAUAUAUAAAUAAAGUGGGUGGCAAUGAUUAUGCGAAAUUUUUGCGUUGUGCAUUUAAAGCAAUGAUGACUGAUGAGGUGGCUUUGCAAGUGACCUGGCGUGGCACAAAAGAAAAACAAAGUAUUCAAGAAUUUACAAUUUUUCAUAUCAUUAGAGAUGCUUGUUAUGCCAAGUACCCUGAGGCCUCCAAAUCGGAGAUUAAUAAAGUCUGUCAAAAGCAUUUUCUUUAUGCCAAAGAUAGAUUGAAAAAGAAAUCGAGGAUUUCAAUUUAGUGUUUAAAAGAAUUUUUUUAAUAUUAAGAGGUUUUUAUUUACUUAAAUACAUGUGAUUUUCUUUUAUGGAAAAUAAAUUGACUGGAUAAAAUUUUUUAAUUUUUA